AUGCAUCAGCAGAUUCAACUCGACUUGCUUGCGGCAGCAAAUAUUGACCAAGCAAGACUGAGCCCGGCCAUAAGCGAGUAUCAAGAGAUAGAAAAAGAAAACCGUCCAUGGGCACGCUCUUGCUCAAGCCCUCAAUCGUUACGUCUCAAACGCUUCAAUUUAGAUCCAGCUGGCUACAAACGAGUUUCGCUUCGUCAACGUCAUGGUAAUAAUGAAGAAAAUCCUAUUGGCCGAUCGACCGUCACGAGGUGUUGCAAUCUUGAGUACUUUCAUACCGUGUCUGAGAAUGGUGAACAGAGGCGGCACGGAUUAAUCCGGGAGGCUGCCCCACUUCGUAGGACGUUCGCGAACCCCAUCCGAUUGCUACUGCUAUAUGCUAUCGCACCCAAUUUUCCUCGGCCACCCGUCCCAACCCGCGCAAUGGCAGUAGACGGCACUCCACGUAGCGUGGCAGAUGCCACGCGCUUCACGUCCAACACACUGCAUGCUGCCUCCAAAGCUGGCAGCUUCAGCCCCGGCGGUCCCGCGUCUCGGACCACCAAGCCCAAGUCCUCGCCGUCAGUAAAAGCAUCCGCAACGACAGCCUCGCGGCCCCUGCCGCUCAGAAGGCCGCCUCCGGCAGGUAUGGGAUCGAAGGCGGUACCUGAGACAUUGGAAGAGCGGGUACGGAGACUUCGCGCUGCUCAUCUGGCGGCGAGGAAUCAUGAUGUGUCGCGGCUGGAUCGGGUCAUCAAUACGUCGAGGAAGUACUUCGAUGUUGCGCAUCGGUAUACGGUUAUGGGGCUGAUUGGAUUUAGCGGUCUCGCCCUCAUGGUAACCGUCUACGCCACUGUCGACAUGAUGAUAUACAACCGCAAGCGCCGCGACGAAUUCUUCACCUUACAAAAGCAAUUGCAAGCCGACAGUCUCGAAGCCGCCCGUCUGGCCUACAUGUCCGGCACCGCAUCCCCGGAACAAAUCAGUCUCGUCGAAGACGCCACCGCCAAGGCCAAGUCGUCUGGUGUCUCUAUGCCCGCCUUGCUUGGUACACCACAAUCGGCUGCGGCGCCAGCUGGAAGGGCUGGUCCUACCGCCGAAAGGACGACGCGGCCGGGCGAAGCUAUGACGGAGAGCAGUGUGAAUGCUGCCGACGAAGAGCCACAAAAGAAGCGUGGAUUUAAGGACUGGUUGUUUAGCGGCCUGAAGAAAGAGGAUUCCGUCGCCGCUGCCCUGAGCUUCAGCGAUGAGGAGGCAGCGGCUUCCGGUCGAGAAGAUAGAGCUGGUGUGGUCCAGGCGGUGGGCCAGCAAAAGGAUGCACUAACGGACAAGGCUAAAGCUGCAUUUGAUGCUGAGAGGGACAACCAAAAGAGAGGCGGCCCGUUGGACCAGGUUGGGCUGGACAGCAGUGAGCCAAAGAAGUCAAGGUGGUGGUGA